CUGUACGUCAAUUUUCUUCGCUCGACUCGCAGUGAUAACUUGGACUGCACCGAAUCCGUGAGCAAACUUAGCAUUUCGGGAACUAUCGACUGUGGGAUACUAGUGUGUUUAAUCGGAGCGUCCGCCAAGGAAAAGUUGUUGGCUAUGUCUACCGAGAAGGAAAAUAUUUUUCUUUUCGUGCCCAAUGUUAUUGGGUAUGGGCGAAUUGUGCUAGCAAUUAUAUCUUUUUACUAUAUGCCGACAAAUUACGUAGUAGCGGCCUGGUGCUACAUCAUCAGCGUCGUGCUGGACGCCCUCGAUGGCCACGCAGCGAGACAUUUCAAUCAAUCCACUAAAUUUGGCGCUAUGCUGGAUCAAUUGACCGAUCGCUGCGGAACGAUGGGUUUGCUCGUUACCUUGAGUUACUUCUAUCCCAAGUACAUGUUCUGGUUCCAACUGUCGAUGGCUAUCGAUGUCGCCUGUCAUUGGUUCUAUUUGCACACAACCGUCCUGCAGGGCAAAACUUCUCACAAAUUCAUCGACAUGUCGGGCAAUCCCAUUAUGCGUGUUUACUAUACCAAUCGAACAGUGUUGGGAUUUAUGUGCUUAUUCAACGAGCUGUUCUAUGCUGCUCUCUACUUGUUGCAUUUCACACCUGGACCGAUGAUUCUCGGCAUGUCCUCCUUCAAACUGUUGGCCAUAUUUUCGGCUCCGAUAGCCGUCGUAAAAACGGCUAUUUCCGUGAUUCAUGGUUACGUUGCCAGCAUGAAUAUUGGAGUGAUUGACGUGGCCGAGCGGGAAGCCCAACGGCAGCGCGAAGCUGCUAAGAAACCACAGUAAGCGGUGAAGGUUUGGCACUUCUGAAAAACCGCUGUAUUGUUCCGAAUGCUGCAAUCAUGAACGUCAUCCGAGUCAGAUAGAAAGUAGAAAACUCGUCCACGUGUCCGAAGGCGUUGACUAGAUAAUCCCAACUUCCAGUGAGUAGCGAAAAUUCGGCUCUCGGUUGACCACAUGAAACUGGUACGUUACAGGUUAUGAAAUAUACCAAAAAAUAAGAAAAAAAAACAGGUGAAUUCACAAAAAUUAUUAUCGAUCAUUGUCUCAUAUCUAACAAGUGGAAAUUCAUGCGAGAAAAGCAAAAUCUAACAUGUGUCAAAUAGUGGUUAAAUUCAAAAUUUUCAAACAAACCCCGACCGUGAAAAGGAGGUUAAUGGAUAUUAGUAGUAUUUUAUAUUAAAAGAUGUACUGUAGCAGAAAAUCUAGUGAGCGAAAGCACUUAGCUCUAUCAUUCCACAGGAUAGCAUGUUAGUCUAGAGAAAAGCUAAUGGAUUGAUCACAAUCGGAAAAGAAGGUCACUAAGCUUCAAGCAGAUGUACUAACUCACCUAUUGACAUUCAUAUGAGUAUAUGUGAACUGGAUCCAACAUUAGGAAGGACCAAACAUUGAAGAGCACUUGUAUAGUUGUAAAUUCCUGGACAAAUCGAUGUUGCACCAAUGUCUUUAUUUAUGUUGUAGAAAGAACUAGUUGUAAUAAUAAGUAAUAAAACCAUAGAA